CCUGGCCAAUCACACCUCCCAAAGGUCACGUGCGACAGCUCCGUGAUGCUCCGGCAGCCACCCAGUUUCCUACUCAAACCUGAGGCAUUAACUCCACGAUAGCAAGGCCGAACCGCUCUAACCGGGGGCGAAGACGCAUGGUCCAGUGCAACCUCUCACGAUUUUUCCCCCAAAACCCUCAAUCGUCCUCGCCCUCGAUCUCGCUCUCGCUCAUCUCCCCCGGAGUUAUCCCCUCAAUUGAGCCACCACCAGCCAUUCAAAAUGCUCAUUCAACUCUCCAGGGCUUCGCGCGCUCGCUCCGCUGUUGCGGCUGUUUCUCGUGUCGCCAGACCCAAUGCCGUUCAGGUGAGGGGCUUCAUUGCUCCCACUGUCUCCCGGAAAGCCGACUUCGUCCAGGAGCUUUAUCUGAAGGAGCUCAAGGCCUACAAGAUCCCCGCCGUCAAGGAGUCCGAUGCUGAGGGCAACGUCCAGACAUUCAACGUCCCCAAGACACCUGCCUCCCCCGAGGAGACCGACCUCGCCGGCAACCUGAAGGAGUACGAGAGCAUGGCCGUUGAGAUUGAGGGCCAGGACAGCUCUGCCCAGUCCGGUACCCCCGAGGUUGCCGACUGGCUUGAGGCUGAGGAGGAGGAUGAGGCUCACCACUAAAGCGUUUUUAUUACCUUUGGGAACACAUAGACUAUCCUGACUGCAGCGCAUUUUGGGGGUCAUUUCUCACCGCCCAGCCGCCGUUUCAUGGGAAUAGCAAAAAGAGGGAGGCUGACACCAACUCACCCCCGAGAAGAGCAGCCGGAGCGAUCAAGGAGAAAGCAGAAGCAGAAGCAAGUGGAUUGGGGAUAAGAAUCCUGUGUACAUUUUCCUAAAAUUCAGCCUUUUUUUCGGUUGCCCGUAGGAACUAAUUGCGAAAUGCAAACGUCAAAUGAAGCACACGCAACUUGUUACAACGAUCAUUUCCAAGUGACUAUAUAUAUUUCGUUGCAUGUAAAACCUCGAAACAAUAUGUCUAUCUCCUGGUGAUAUCUGACUAACCGUGCGUCUACCUCUCAAGCUGCCGACCUGACGUCGCAGGGCCUAUGCCGAUCAGCCUCGUGUGCCCUCUGACAUCAAUGAUGUAUCCAUAUGACUUCAACUUCCCCCGAAUACUCUCAUAUAAUCCAAUGUCAUACAUCAUUCAUCCUCUAAGCUAUGCUGCACUAGCUCUUGGUUAUCGACGUCAGGUGGCAAUCAACGUCAUCGACAACCACAAGACGGAGAAGGCUGGCAGGCUGGGCUCGAACUCUUCCAUAGGCUACUAUAUCCAACAAGGACAAGUCUAGAAUAAAACGAAAGAGACCGAUUUCCCUUCAGGGAGCUUUCAAGAAUAGCUGUGGCAUUCUCGUUUCAUUACUCAUAUAGCCCUCCUGUUAUUGCUGGGAAUCAAAAUAAGGAAAAUGGCCCCCAACGGAGGGAUCGACCAAAAUAGACUUGAUCCUCCUAUUUUUUGUUUCUCGUUCUCUCUCUCUCUUCUCAUUUUCCACAACCAUAAAACGCCAUCAGUCCCGUACAGCUCGACGACCAAUGCAAUGCAAUACCAGCCGACCUCGAUGCAUAUAAUUCCACAAAUUAGACAUCCGUAACCCACAUGCAAAACUGGGGAAGAGGUGAGUUUUUUGGUUUUGCGAAAUAUUACUUUUUGCUUUCUGUAUGACACGUAGAGAUAGAUCAAUCUCCAGCAUGGUUGAAACGCCGUGGAGCUUGACUUGAAUAAUACUGUGCGGGAAAAAGGAGUUGCCGCAUUAUACGUCAAAGUGAGAACCCCCCACCAUGUGCUCAUCAUGUCCAGUCUUCACGAUCCCGCUCAUCCGGUUUGCCUUCCUGAGGUCAAUGUCGUCGAGAUUGUCCCAAUCGUCGUUAUCGCGGUUCCUGUGAUUUUGUCCAUCAUCCAUAUCUUCAUCAACGAGUCCUGCUCGGUCUCGCAUAUGAUCAUCUAAUGCGCUUUCGUCAACAAACGUGAAGCCUUGGAAGUUGGCCUGAACAGAAGGAGAAAGAGGAGUCGAAGCGGCAUAGCCUCGGGCCAACGCAGCAGCACGUUCGUUCAGAGAGCCAUUCUGAUCCAACGCGGUCGUGAAUUCCGGAUCGAAGUAUGAGACGUCUGUCUCAGACUUCAAUUUGGGUUUGAAAGGUGGAGUGAUAAGCUUCUUGGAGAGAAGAGUCCAAUCCACAUCGGCAAAGAAGGGGUGUCUCUUCAGUUCUUCGGCGUCAUCAGUCGCACCUAGUCUGUGCUUGGGGUUUCUAUUGAGGAGUCCCUUGACGAAAUUCCUUCCUUCCUGAGAGAGGGUAUCUCGAGGAAACCUCACCUUGCCGAAGGCAAUAUUCUUAUACAUUUGCUGCGUAUCUUCGGCAUAGAAUGGGCUCCAGCCGCAGCACAUCUCAAAGACCAAAACCCCAAGCGACCAGAAGUCCACCAUCUUGGUGUAGCCAGAUUCGUCUAGCAAAACCUCAGGCGCAAGGUAUUCGGUUGUUCCACAGAAAGUGUUGGUAGUGUCGUUCUUCGUAAGAUUGGCCUUGGAGAGACCAAAGUCACAAAGGGCGAUAUGUCCGUUAGCAUCCAAGAGGAUGUUCUCAGGCUUCAGGUCCCGGUAUACAAUGUCGUUAUUAUGAAGGUGCUGAAUGGCCAAGAUCAGUUCGGCGAUGUAGAACUUGGCUCGCUUCUCAUCAAACCGACCCUCUUUCUGUAGAUGCCAAAAUAGCUCACCUCCAGACAUAUAAUCGGUAACGAGAUAAAGUUCUGAUGGUGUCUGGAAAGAGAACUUGAGACCAACGAUGAAAGGUGAGUCGGACAUGGCGGUCCGAACCAGAAUAUUUCGUUCUCCCACGGUAUGGGCAACUUCCUUCUUUUGCACAAUAACCUUCUUCUGCAGAACCUUCAUAGCGUAAAUGCGCUGAGUAUCCUUUUUUCGCACUUGAUACACCUGACCAAAAGUGCCCUUGCCGAUGAGUUUAAGAAUUUCGAAAUCAGUGGGGCCAAAUUGCUUCCUCUCUGCUCUGUGGUAGAUGGCCUCGAGGAAGAUCUCACCGGUUGGCGCAUUUUCUGCCAUGGUAUCAGCAUGUCCCUGCAGCUGGAACCAGCCCUGGACGGUGGCACCAGGAUCCUUGCUAGCCUGAAAAUCAACAUGGCCGAGAAAUUCAUCGCCUGUUGCUCCAUGAUCAUAAACUGAGACAUCGACCAGCAUAUCAUAGUCCACAACGUCGCUGCUCAGUGUCAGUAGUGAGUCUCAGACACAACUGUCCACAGAAGGUAACUUACAACUCGGCUUCGGCAUCCCAUUUUGGGUUGGUGAAUGUAAGCUGACCUCCGGAUCGGUUACGGAACGAGCCGUAGUCAUUAAUGCUGGUGUUGCUGCUUUGCCUGCUCCUCAUGGGAAUAGCCAAGGGACGCCCAGAGUCACUGCCUGAUCGCUGGAUAGGGAUGCCACCAGCUGCCGGAGGUGGCUCGACACUGAGGUUAUCGUCCUCAUCGAUGUGGUGAGGACCCCCAGAAAUGAGCUCACUACGCUGAAAAACCACAACAACAUAAGGGUCCCGACUCUUCCUAAGCCCACGAGCCUCAUUGAUCUUGAUUGUUAGCUUUCCCUUGGCGGCAGGCGCCUGGGCACCGGCAGAACUCCUUGGAGUCUGAGUACCGCUGACUUCAGCACCGUCAUGACUGGUCCUCCCGGAGGAAGGGGCUCUAUCGGAGCCAGAUGGUCGAGCAGCCGACAUUGCUCGAGUAGGAGUCGAGUUGCCGCUCUUGAACGUCAUACGAGUUAGCUCCUUGAGUCCAUUAAGAAAAUGCCACUUGCCGGGGGCAGCAGCUGAACAGGCGCCUGAACUUGUACUGGGCUCAGGAUGCGAAGGAAUAAUGGAGUCUUUGGUAGGUGCUGUGUUUUUGGAGGAGUCAAGUUCAGGUAGUGAUGGGUCAUUGGAAGUUUGAAAGUGGGUGGUGGUGAAUGGUGAGGCUGUGGGUUUCUUGAAUUGUGACUGCUGUGUAAGAGACUUUUGCUCGACCGUAGCCCUGCCAUGCGCCCCUGAGUCUGCAGAAAUCAUGUCCUGGGAGAUAGAACCCCCCGAAGACGAGGGCUGAGAAGUGGGUGGGGUUGGGUAGGGGUCCGAAAGGUUAUGCUCAUCCCGCUCAGUGGUACUUGGCAUGGAACCAGGACGCUCAUGUUGAAGAAGCGAACGAUCCAAAGCCGAGGACUCACAGCCGCGAGGAGAGCCUUCGGUGUGUGCCUGCAACUGCAGGCCGGCUGGUGGAGUGGGCACAACUGAAAUUCGGUCUAGAGUGGUAUCACUCUGUGACGAAUUGGGAUCUGACGAAGGCGUAGAAGGGUAUUUACGAACCUGGCCGAAGUAGCUCAUGAUUCCUGGCAAGCGUUUGUCCUGUAGAUCGGGUUGAGGUGUAGCUACACCGGAUCGAGGAGUUUCGAGACCAAUGUGAUCGGCGCCAUCCUCGUCUGCCGCAGACCUGACGUUUUUGUUAAUAACCCCAUGCAUUUUUGUAAAAGAUUUCCAGUGAGUGAAUAAAUGCUUCUACGCCGAAGCAGCGGCGCGGGGAAAAAAAACAAAGUGGGAACACUAGUUCAUGACGGUUGCCAAGCGCGUCAACUAGAGGGUAAACAGGGCAAAGGCCGAGAGGGACCACCAGAGAAGAUGGGCAAUAACAGAAGAGGUGGACUCUGACGAUGCGACUAUGACGAGAAAAACACGGAAUGGGAAGGACUUUGGAACUCUUGGUAGCCAGUGGUGUGUUCGCGCCGGUGUGGAUGCGGAAGAAGCGCCAGGACCAGCGAGCGAGCAGUAGAGAUUAGGAUGGGAUGCGAGGCCUUGCCGAGAGCGGCCGUGUAAGACGGACUAUGAAGGGACCAAGUGGAGGCUCAAUACUUGAAUGUAAUAAAAAGGACGAUGACGAGAUCAAUUCUUUCCCGCGAGUAAAACUUCGCUUUGCGGCCGGGGUCAGGCUUGUCCAAAAAGCUUCCUUUUGCCUGAGGGCUUUUGCCCAAAAUUGUUUGGACCAGGAGCAAAACGUGGAAAACUGAAGCUGAUAGCGGGGCCGAACGCAGGGACUGACUCCGAGGCUGGGCAGCCUUUGGAUUGGGCCCAAUCACAGUUGAAGCGAGUCAGACCUGAGCUUGCAAAGUUGCAACAUGGUCCUUGUAAUGAGAGGGGGAAAAAAAGAGAAGUAACUAAAAGACGACCUGUCUCUUGCAUAGGGGAAUGCGAAUGCCACAGCAGCCAUUGAUUGCUCAUGUGCUUCUUUGCUCGUUUGGAACAGGCUGUAUCCAAUUUUAAAGGCUGCAAGAUGAUUUCGAGACGGCGGCGGCGAAUGCUCGGUUCCACUGCGAUGGCGAACUGAAGUCGAAUGAACGGCGACGCCUUGAUUGGUAUUUGCGAGCUUCUGUUAUAAUGUCGAGUUUUCCAUGGUUGCCGGGCUUUGCCAACAAUACCAGGGCAAAGGCUCGACCGCUGUUAUGGGGAAUCCAUGCUCUGGCUGCCAACGCAAAGGCGAGACGUCGUCCUGCAGUGCGGUUACAGGGCUGCUGUCCACUAGAUAGAGCCCAACAAGGCCCAAUAGUGGGAUGCAGUCCUGCGUGAACAGCUGUAAGUGCCAGCAGCGGUUCCAUUUCCGUGUGAGGUGAUGUGGGUUCCCAUGGGCGGUGUCGUAGAACAAGGGAUCCAAUGGCAGCUCUGGCUGGAACAGGCGUCGCUGAAGCUACUGAGCUCGAGUGCUGCAAGUCCGUCAUCGUCGCCACCACCGACUGACUGCGCCUGGUGAGGGGCAUGGCAGCACCACAUCGCUGGAGGUCAGGAUAUCCAUCUCGAGUCCCCACCAAAAACAGGAUGAAAAGGGCACCAAAUGGUAAUAGCAAUAACACGCAGAAGAGAGUAAAAGCAAGGCAAAACAGUAGCUUCAAAGAUGACAGAAGAAGAAACCAUUGACGAACCUAGACAUCAUUGCUUGAGUUGCUCUUCGUAGCAGAUCAAAACCUCCUCCCGCAUUGGAAGUCUCAGUGCCCGUCAUGGCUGGCGGCGAGGAGCUUUAUUAAAGCUGCCGCGGCUUAAAAACAGGGCCGAAUUGUUGCGGCGGAGGAAGAGAGGGGCGAAGCGGGUAUAUUGCGUGAGAUGAAUCGUAUAACGUUGUCGGAUUGGGCGUCAGUGGCCCAAGGAUUGUUGCUCGAGUCGAUGGUAGGAUGAAGUCGCGAUAAGAGACGAUACUCAAGCGCAGCCGACGGAAAAUAUGAUGGUUAUUGUUGAGAAAAGGGAGAGGGGAAAGAUUGAGAUGGCGCGAGCAAAAGAAGCGAUGGAGAUGAUAAUUAGACGUCUUUUUGGGGCAAGGUCAAGGUGAGGUGGGCGUGGGUGACCUGGCGCUGGCUUUGGGGGUGUUGAAGUUAGUACAGUGCGCAAGAUGGAGGGGAGAUUGGAGUA